ACGAGAGUGAACUGAGAGAGUGUUUGAUCAAAAAGAAAAGGAAAAAGGGAGCUUGAGGUAAAAGAAAGAGAGACAGAGCGAGAGAGAGGGAGAGAGAGAGAGAGCGAAAGAAACAGCAAGACACUCUGAGAGCAUCGUAGCCGACAGGACCCGUGAAAGUAGGUAACACAUUGCCACAAGAUUUCCAUCUCAGCCCCUCCGCUCUGCUCCACUCCCCGCGCACACUUGCCCCGCUGCGGGACACAGCCAGCUGUGGUGCGCCGGCCACUAAUCUGAAGAAGCAGCGACAGACAGACAGACAGAGAGAGAGAGAGAGAGAGAGAGAGAGAGCAGCAGCGCGGAGCCGUUGAAAUGGGCGCCCCCCCUGCCUGGAUGUGUGGCCCUGAGGCUGGUGGCCCUGCUCCUGACCAUGAGGCUGAGGGACCUGGCGGAGGGAUGCAGCUGCAACCCUGCCCACCCACAGCAGCACUUCUGCAGCGCUGAGAUAGUGAUCCGAGCAAAGAUAUCCGGGGAGAAGAUUGUGUCUCCUAGCAACAGCUCCUCUCCCUAUCUGAAGAUGAUUCAAUAUGAGAUCAAGAUGAUCAAGAUGUUUAAGGGUUUCGACAAGGCCAAAGACAUCCAGUACGUGUACACACCUGUCUUCUCCUCCCUCUGUGGCGUCAAGCUGGAUUCCAACAACAAAGUUCAGUACCUGCUGUCAGGAAGCAUGUGGAGCGAUGGGAGGAUUUCUAUUGGCCUGUGUGACCUGGUGGAGCCCUGGGACAACCUCUCCAUGUCGCAGAAGAAGAAUCUCAACUACAGAUACCAGAUGGGCUGUGAAUGCAAAAUCAACACCUGCUACACGGUGCCCUGCUCCACCACGGGCGACAACGAGUGUCUGUGGACCGACUGGCUGCUGGACAACAGUCUGAACGGGGAGCAGGCCCGGCAGUACGCCUGCAUCAAGCGGAGCGACGGCUCCUGCAGCUGGUACCGGGGCGGCCCGCCUCCUGAGAAGGACUUCCUGGACAUGUCUGAUCCCUGAGGGGGCGGGGCCGGAUGUGAUGUCCCCCCCCCCCCCCCUCCGCCCCCCCUCCCUUCACCACCCGGCACCUCCGACCGUGACAACAACACCCCAUCCCACCCUCCUGGUUUUCGUCACCUCAGCCCCGCCCCGCCCCCACCAACCAGCCCCCCCCCCAGCCCCCCCACCCCCCCCAGGCAGAGGGGGAAUGGUCAGAGGGACCCUGGACUCUGAUGUGUUUCUUUGGACAGUUUUAUAGCUCUGACACCUUCCCUCUUCCUUUGUUCAUUUUUUCAGAACUCAAGUGCGAGUUGUUUUUCUUCACUGUGGGAAACCUAGUCUGCAGUACCACUGCCUAUUUUUUUCCUUACUCUAAGGGCUUCUGAAGGUGGGCUAAAAAUUGCGUUUUAUAUAUUUCAAACACUUCAAGUGUGGUUUAUUUUGCUUACUUUGCAUGUAGUGUCCACUUACUGGACUGUCCCAUCAGUCCUAUACUGCCUGACAAACAAAAUAAAGCACACCUCCAGUUUUUCAGAUGUUAGGAGUAAAGUCUGUUACAUAUUUAGGCCUUGAUGCCAGUCUCGCUACGAUGAAUGUAUGAGUUAAGAAACAGGCAGGAUGUUGAGACGACAAAGAUCAAGGUCAAUUUAGCUUGAGAUUGUCUCAGUCUUCCUGUUGUCUGUAGCAAGAGUAUUCACCAUCCUGUAUGUCCCCAUGACAUUAUUAAAUAAAACGUGUUCCAAUCCAAACAGUUUGACAAUUAGAUGUUGUGUGAUAUAUGUAGAUGGCUUGCAAUUUCCCCCCAAACCUAUUCACUGUAAGAGAGUGUAUAUAUUUCUAUGGUUACUAAUACAUUUUAACAGCUAAGUUAGACAAGAUUGUCCUUGUGUGUAAUUCCCCUGUGCUGUUGUGAAUUGUGCCGUUCCAUUUCCUGUGCCAAAAAGCUAAUACAUUGCUCUAACCCAAGAACACGUAGAAGCUGUCUUUGUGCACACUCUUUAGAUAAUUGUUUUGUAUACAAAAACGAUGUUAAAAAAAGUAUUUAUGUGUCUUUUUCUGUCAAUAUAUCGUUUUCUAUUCCAUUGUACCAAAAAAAAUAUUGUAUAUAAAAAGUAUGCUCAAUUCAAU